GCUGCAGUUAGAACUGAUGAUGAUGUUCAUGAAGAUGAUGCUGAUGAGCAUGAUGGUUUCCUGAACAUGUUAUGGACUUCGCUGGUCAACUACUUGGUGUCCUUUCAUUACAGGCAAUGGAUAAAUACAAUGUGGAGAAGGACAUUGCGGCUUAUAUUAAGAAGGAGUUUGACAAGAAAUAUAAUCCUACAUGGCACUGUGUCGUCGGACGGAAUUUCGGAUCAUAUGUUACACAUGAAACAAAGCAUUUUCUCUACUUCUAUAUGGGACAGAUGGCAGUUCUAUUGUUCAAGUCAGGAUGACACGACUUCAGGAGAGUGUCUUUGUGCCGCUGCUGUUGAUGGCGAAGGACAUGGUUGAGCAAAUGUUUCACCAAUUAAUGUCAACCACAAGUGCUCAAAUUGAGUGGUAGGAGGAGGAUAAACAGGCGAGGAAGGCAGAGAUGAUGAGGGAGUGGGGGCAAGUGAGCAAUCGUCGCAGUGGGGCGUACAAGACAUGGCAGUUUUACUGUUCAUCUCAGUAUCAGGAUGAUCCUAGCAUCAYCCUGCAUGUUUAUCGAGUCCUUGUCCUGCUGUUGAUGCUGCAUUUGCAGGACAUUGUUGAGGAAAUGGUACCAGCAGCCAGGACAAAUGUGUGCGAAAGGGGUGGGUGAGUACAAACAGGAGACAAAUGGGUAGGGUAAGCAAAGGUGGAGGGCACAAAGUGGCAGAUGGAUGGAGGGAGGGGAGGCAGGUACACGGACGUUUCCCAAAUGUCCRAAGGGAGGGAAUGGAGGAGGGCAUGAAGAGGGGUAUGGAUGCARUGGAGGGCGGGCGAAGGAAAUWUUCAAGUGUCCGAACGGGUAUGUGCGUACAAAGGGGUGGCAAAUGGGUCGGAGGGCGAANGUACAAAGGGGUGGCAAAUGGGUCGGAGGGCGAAGGACGGAGGGAACGGGUAUGUGGGUACAAAGGGGUGGCAAAUGGGUCGGAGGGCGAAGGACGGAGGGAACAAAGGGGUUGGUGGAUGGAGGUGAGAAAGGGGGAAUGGAAUUUCCGAGCGGGUCAAGUAGCAGCAGGUGUUGGGCAUCGGGUCUGGCAAAUAGUGUGUCACUCAUGUCACACUAUAGUACAUUUCUAACCUAAAACCAUGCUAGUGGGUCCAGGCCCCAGGAUUCGACGACACACAGGGCGGCACUGUAUUGCUGACAGGACCAGCAUUCACGAGUAGAACGUGAAGACUGAGUGCCAGUCUAUGUUUGUAUGCAUGCAUGUGCAUGUGCAUGCAGUACGAUACAGAGAGAUCGGAAGUGGAAGGAGCGGGGGGAGGGUGGCAGAGAGGAGAAACAUUUGCGCUUCGCAGGGCUGCAUUGGUCGAAUGGGGGUGUCACAGAGAAGAGAUCGGCACUAUCAACCAAUGC